AUGUUUCAAAAAAAGAAGCGAACAGCAGCGACUACUGAUCAUAAAGUGCAACGACUAAAGAUUUCUGGUUUAACAGAAGCUGUAGCUUCAUCUGCUCAACAACGUAUCUACAUGCAUGAAAAUCGUUAUUAUAGUGGCUCCGAUUUUUCUGUCUACAAUUAUCUAAUCUCGUUAACAAUAAAACGUGGUUCAGUGUUAAUAGAACUUAUUCGUUUAUCCUUAGCUACAGUAAUUCAGCAGCAUACAGUUCUUCGCACUUCCGUUCGUUUCAAUCCGAUACGUAAUCAAAUCGAGCAAAAAAUUCAACCAUUCACCAAUGAUAUUUACUCCUUUCAACAUUCCCGAGGUGUUUCCACAUUAGAACAACUUGAUCGUCUAUUGACGAACGAAUCAAUUGGAAAAUAUUUCGAUGUUGAAAACGGAAAAGUUUUACGAUGUCAUGUAGUGCAACGAUCUCCUGAAGAUCAUAAUAAUUCACUAAACGAAAGUGAUCUUAUUAUUUUCGUGAUUCAUCAUAUCGCAUUUGAUCUCAGCUCUUACAAACCAUUUCUAAAAGCCUUUGAACAAGCAUGCUGGGUGACUCAGUAUCAUCAAUCAGUGUUAACAAUUCCACAAUACAUUGACUUUGCAUUGUAUGAACAAGCACUGCUAGCUGAUACAAGUCCUGAAUCAAAAAUGAACAAGGCUCGUCGGUUUUGGGCUAAUAUUAUGCAUGGAUACAACUGGGAUAAAAUACGAUAUUUGGUGCCCUAUGAAGGUCGAACUGAUCGACUUCAUUCUGAUCGUGGUCAUACAGCUGCAUUUAUGAUUGAUCACGAUGUGGUUGAUGCACUGAUGUUAUUUGCUUCAACCAACAACGUAACAAUGUUUUCAUUGUCUCUUGCCUGUUAUUAUGCAUUUUUAUUUAACCUGACCAAUCAUAAUGAUGACUUGUGUGUAGUAAACAUUGCAGCUAAUCGAUCUGAGAAAGAGUUACACGAUAUGAUUGGUAUGUUUGUCAAUCUUUUAUUAUAUCGAGUUAAAAUUGAAUCAAAGAAUACAUUUAAACAUGUUGUGGAACAAGUACAGCAGCUAUGCAAUGAAAUCCUCGUACAUAGUUCUUUACCUUAUCAACAAAUUAUUGAUUCCCAAGGCAAACAAAAAAAUAAUGCAUUACCUUCAAUGUUUUUCCAGUAUGAACCUUUAAUAGUAUCAAUAACACAGAAAAACUCAAUCGAAUUAACUCCGAGCAAAGGUUCAGCUGUAAGCGGUAACCAUGAUAGAGAUUUAAAUCACUAG